GUAUUUGAAUAAAUUCACAUUAUGAGAGGAUCUAUUUACAGAUACAGAAAAUCUUGGGGUAAAUUUUCAAAUAGCCCAAAAUGAUAUUCUUUUCUUCAUAUAAAAACCAUAUAAAUGUGGCACCGCUUAAUUUGUAUCUGAUUCUGCCUUUCAUAUCAAUCCAAUUUCUUUUUGCCCACUGUUUACAGACACAGCAGCAGUUGCAUAGUAUUCUGCAGGAAAAAUGCUGAACACAACAUAUCUAAUCCAACCUUUAUGGCCUUCUACUCAACAAACACUUGCUCUCUAUGCCUCUGGCACAUCUUCAUGUAGCAGCUUUUCAGGCCAACAAAGAGGUCCAUGUCCUAAGUUUAAAAACAGCAUCUUCUUUCUCACUCGGUGCUCCACAAAACCAGGCAUUGACAGCAACAACAAUGCAACAAAUAAGAAUCCUGCCAUUGAACGGGAUUCAAGUUCAAAAUCUCAACAUUUGGCUAUUACUACUUAUUCUGGAGGUCUGGUGCAUGACUUGGGUCCCAAAAACUGCUGGGAUAGUGCAGAGAUUGGCUCACCAGUUGUGAAAAUAUACCUUGGAGACAAUGAGGAAAGGUGGUACAUGUGGUACCAUGGAAGGUCUGAUAUUAAGAACACUUCCGAAUCCAUAGGAUUAGCAGUUUCAAGCGACGGAAUCCAUUGGGAUAGAGAAGAAGAGCAUGUUAGAUCAUCCGAGGAUGCAGGUUUGGUGAUGAAUUGCAGCAAGAAUUGGUGGGCUUUUGACACAGAUAAUAUCAGGCCUUCCGAGAUGGUUAUUUUGUGCAGCCAAAUGUACAGCGCUGUUUACUGGCUUUAUUACACAGGAUAUAGUUCUGAAGAAGUUGACUUACCAGAAGCUCCAAACAUUUUACAGAACCCAGAAAGAGUCCAUGGUGGAGACAAGAAAGACAAAAGUCAUAAAAUUGGCAAAAUUUUCAAGUCACUGCCAGGGCUGGCAUGUAGUCAAGAUGGCAGGCACUGGGCCAGAAUUGAAGGGGACCAUCACAGUGGAGCUUUGUUAGAUGUGGGAUCAGACAAGGAGUGGGAUUCUUUGUUUAUUGCUGCACCUCACGUUGUAGUGCACAGCAACAAUGACUUCAGGAUGUAUUAUCAUUCAUAUGAUGUGGAAAAUGGACAAUAUGCUCUUGGAAUUGCAAGAUCCAGAGAUGGAAUCAGAUGGGUGAAACUGGGGAAGAUCAUUGGAGGGGGAGCAAAAGGUUCUUUUGAUGAGCUUGGGGUCAAGAAUGCUUGUGUGGUGAGAAACUGCAAAGAAGGAAACUAUUUGAUGGCAUAUGAGGGAGUUUCUGCAGAUGGAAUAAGUUGUAUUGGGCUUGCAGUAUCCCCAGAUGGGCUGAAGAAUUGGAAGAGGCUUCAAGAAGACCCUGUUCUUAAGCCUUCGGAAGAAGAUGGAUGGGAUAACAAAGGAGUGGGAUCCCCAUGUCUGAUUCAGAUGAAGGGUAAUGUAGAUAAAUGGAGAUUGUAUUAUGUAGGCGUUGGGUGUGGAGGAAGGAGUGGGAUUGGAUUGGCAGUUUCAGAAGGCAGUAACAUAAGAAAGUUUAGGAGAUGGGCAGAUAAAUAUAAGAUAAAUGUAUAGAGCAUUAUUACCAUGUCAGUGUAUAACUAUAUAUCAAAAGAUUUUCAAUA